AUGGCAAAUUUGUUUAUCAAGCAAGCAGAACAGUACUCUGUGGGCAGGCCUUCUUACCCGAAACAACUCUUCGAUUUCAUCGCUACAAAGACACCUUCGCACGAUCUUGCAUGGGAUGUCGGCACUGGCAGCGGCCAAGCCGCUCGAUCUCUAGCUAAUAUCUACAAGAAUGUUAUAGCAACAGACACAAGCCCGAAACAACUCGAGUACGCAGUCAAACUACCAAACAUAAGUUACAAACAUACCUCUCCAUGCAUGACCAUAUCCGAACUCCAAGAAAAAAUCGGCCCGAAAUCAAGUGUCGAUUUAGUCACCAUAGCCCAAGCCAUGCAUUGGUUCGAUCUCCCGACAUUCUAUCAGCAUGUUAAAUGGGCCCUCAAAAAGCCCGAUGGGGUCAUAGCUUCAUGGUGCUACACGAGUCCGGAAGUCAACCCUGGAGUUGACUCAGUGUUAAAGAGAUACUGCACCAAUUGCGUGACUCCACACUGGGAUCCAGCUCGUAGGUUCGUUGCGGAGAAGUAUGAGACCAUAGACUUUCCAUUCGGGCCGGUAGAUGGGCUGGAGCAUAAUGGGCCGUUCCAGUUUAAUUCGGAGAAGGUUAUGAAUUUGGAGGGGUAUUUUACGUACUUAAGGUCAUGGUCACCUUACCAAACGGCUAAAGAGAAGGAUGUGGAGCUGUUGACUGAUGAUGUGAUAGAAGGUUUCACGAGGGCAUGGAAAGAAGAUGGGAAAACUGAGAAAGUGGUCACUUUUCCUGUGUAUUUGAGGAUUGGGAAAGUCGGGUCGUAA